CUUCAGGAAAGACACGAAAAAGCCCAGGUCGAUUUCAUCAAGGAAGUCGACUGGCACAGGAGUCAUACCAUGAGCAAUCGGCCGUGGUUUGCGGGUGAUCGGAAAGGGGACGUUCUAGACCUCGUGAAACCUGACGUUGCCGCGACAAAAAGCGGCGAAACAGGAAUCAAGUCAGUUGAGACGUUUCCAUGGUUCUACGAGCCGAUGGCGGUGUUUUCCGAAGAUAAGCAAGAUUAAGGCUGAAAAAUUAUCUCUAUCUUGAAACUGAAUAUCUUUGUUUGUAGUAAGUAGUUUCUUCCAAAGUUUUUGCAACAUCAGACCUUUCCAAAAUCCGAUAUCAUGCGCACCAUGCAACGCAGAGAUACAACAUAAAGAAGAGUCCAAAAUCCGAGAUCAUGCGCACUAUACAACGCAGAGAUACAACAUAAAGAACACCUCUUCUAAGAUUGAUGCAUGCGUUACCUUAUCGACCAAACAGUGUCUCGCAUUUUGUCGCAGAAGAAGGGCUGUGCAGAUACCGCUGUACAGACAGAGCCACCAGACAAGACUGGACUCUAUAGGGAGGAAGGAGUACUACAUCAACAUGCACCAUUGACUUAUGUGAUCGUAGUUGAUGAAGCAGUUAAAGUAAUAAAAUAUCAAUCGCAUGAGCAGGCACGACAACUAUAUUAAGGUUAGAAACAUUUCAUUUUAUUUUACAAGCCUCCUCUACUUGAGAUGGCUACUAAAAGAUGAAGAAAUGUUUCAACCUUUAACUACUAUAGACGCAAAAUAUGCUGUUAAGAUUUUUCUGAUUCAUCUUUUAUUGCUUCAUUUUUCUUGUCAACAACGCAAAUAAACUACUUGUUUCUGCAACUUUGACAGGUCCAAACCCAUCCCGAUCCUGAAGUUGUCGCGAUGAUUCAAAGGCUAGCGGAGCUCGAAGAGCAGUGCUCGAGUCUUCAGGACGUUAAUGCCCAGCUCGAACAAGACCUCGAUGAAGAACGCCAUAAGACGGCAGAACUCAGUCACGAA